GCAGCAACAGAGUCGUUUGUUUCUGAAAUAACAUCAGAUAAAAGUAAAUUGGAUAGAAUUAGCAUAUCAAGUAACGAUGAAAGUGUUCAAAGACAAUUGGGUGUUUUAUCAUAUGAAUCUGAUGAUAUAAGUGAAUCCGGCAUUGUUUUUGAUCUCUCCUCAAUUUCUAAAUUACCAUGGGAAUCAAAAAAAAUUGAAACAAAUACUAUAGUUAGCAAUAGUUUUGAAGAUGAAAUUGCUGCACUUAAUAAUAGUUUAAAAGACAACUUAAAUAAUAGUAGUCUUGAAACUAAUAAUGAAAGCAAUAUAUUUUCUUCUAAUAUA